UCGUCCACGUGUCUUGACCUCUUUGAAGACUCAAUCUUCAGACUCCAAUAAUGGCGGACCACUCGCUCUCUCUCAAGAAUGAAGGGACUGUGGCGACUUCCCAACUGUUUGUUACCGAAUAUUUUUCUGAAUUUCGGAGCCUAAAGUUCGCUCCUUUCAAUCUUCAGGCGCCAAAAAAUGCCUUUCAAAAUCCUCCAUCGUCCUUCUUCAAUCACUGCUCAAAUCCAGAACCAGAACCCCAAAAUUCCCAUACCACUCGCUCGCCCUUCCUUUCCAUUCACCUACCAAUCUCUCUCCUGCCCCGCCAUUCGCCUCCGUUCCUCUUUCUCCACUUCAUCUAUCGAUGUGCCGUCGCGGGUCAGCCGCCGAUUUGUGGUUACUGGCGAUGGCCGCGAGAUUGAGAGCGAAAUCGCCGUUGAAGUUCAAGAAAACGAACAAUUACUGGGGAGUAGUAAUAGAGAAGAAUUGGGGAGCCAGGGGUUGUGGCGUCAGAUGAAGGAGAUUGUGACGUUUACUGGGCCCGCCAUUGGAUUGUGGAUUUGUGGACCAUUGAUGAGUCUCAUUGACACCGCGGUUAUUGGCCAGGGAAGCGCCGUUGAGCUUGCUGCUUUAGGCCCAGCGACAGUUUUAUGUGAUUAUACAAGUUAUGUGUUCAUGUUUCUUAGUAUUGCAACUUCAAAUAUGGUAGCCACAGCCCUUGCCAAACAGGAUAAAGACGAAGUGCAACAUCACAUAUCUGUACUGCUGUUCGUUGGGUUGAUAUCUGGUUUCUUGAUGCUUUUAGCUACCAAACUAUUGGGUUCAGUAGCGCUAACUGCUUUUGCGGGGACAAAGAAUGCAGACAUCAUACCUGCAGCAAACACAUAUGUUCAGAUUCGAGGUUUGGCAUGGCCUGCAAUUCUCACUGGAUGGGUUGCUCAGAGUGCAAGUCUUGGCAUGAAAGAUUCCUGGGGACCUCUGAAGGCUUUGGCAGUUGCAAGUAUUGUAAAUGGCAUAGGUGAUGUGGUCCUCUGCAUGUUUUUGGGCUAUGGUAUUGCUGGUGCUGCAUGGGCAACUAUGGCAUCACAGGUUAUUGCGGCUUAUAUGAUGAUAGAAACACUGAACAAGAAAGGAUACCAUGGAUAUUCUCUAUCUGUUCCCUCGCCCGGUGAAUUUUUGUCAAUACUUGGACUUGCUGCUCCUGUUUUUAUAACAAUGAUGUCAAAGGUGGUUUUCUAUUCUCUCCUCAUCUAUUAUGCUACGUCUAUGGGCACACACACCAUGGCUGCUCAUCAGGUCAUGAUUCAAACGUUCUGUAUGUGUACCGUAUGGGGUGAACCUCUUUCCCAAACUGCUCAGUCAUUUAUGCCUGGAUUGAUACAUGGAGUGAAUCCUAGUUUGGAUAAGGCUCGGAUGCUGCUCAAGUCACUCUUGAUCAUAGGAGCUAUAUUUGGUUUGGUAUUAGGGACUAUUGGAACAUCAGUUCCUUGGUUAUUCCCCAAUCUCUUCACACCUGAAGAGAAGAUUAUUCAGGAGAUGCACAAAGUGUUGAUUCCAUAUUUCUUGGCGCUAGUCAUAACACCCCCAACUCAUAGCUUAGAAGGGACAUUAUUGGCUGGACGAGACCUAAAAUUUAUUAGUUUGUCAAUGACUGGAUGCCUUUGUCUUGGUGCCAUUGUGUUACUGGCUAUUUGCAGUAGGGGUUAUGGUUUGGCAGGCUGCUGGUACGCCCUCGUCGGAUUUCAAUGGGCUCGGUUUAUUAUCGCUCUUCGGCGGGUUCUCUCUCCCAAUGGAGUGCUCUACUCCAGUGAUUUGAGUCAUUAUAAACUGGAAAAGCAAAAAGCUGCAUAGGUGAUAGUCCAUGUGAGCUUGCAGUAGAUAUGAUUCAACACCUUUUCGAUGUCUUCGUCAUCCGAGGUUGCAGGAAUGGAUUGGAACCAAAAGUUUCUGUAGGCAGCUUAAGACACAGUGUUACAUAAAGAAGCAAGAAGCAUAUGAUUUCACAAGCAGGUUUUGAAGGUUCUGCUCAUUGGAUGAAGCUAAAACAAAAGACAGAGCAACUUUAUCUUAAAAGAGUGUGAAGCCAUAUUCUGUGUUUCUUAAAAGUUAAAAGAGUGCUGGCUUUUAGGUUGUAUUUUCUGUCAGAAUUCUUUUAAUGUUGUAUCUUGCAAGGCCAUAUCUAAAUUAUAAAUGCUAAAUAUAUGCAUAUGAUACAUUCUUGUUU